CUAAGUAGGUUAGUGUUAUUGAAUCACUUGUUAAGUCAGUCACACACAAGACACUUCAUACACAACAAUGAAGAAAAUUGUAGUUAUUAUGGCCGUCAUUACUUCGGCGGUAGUUUCUUUUCCCGUGUUAAGUGAUCCUAAACCAAACAAAGACGAAAAUUUGGCAUCUAUGCACCAUGCAGAUGUUGGGAUAAAACCGAGAGCGAAUCUUUAUCCUUUGUUUUUUUUUGAUCAAAUCGAAGAUAAAGCGAAGAAACCUUCGAGUAAAAAAUCUGGAAGUCAACUAUUGCUCAACGGUUUUGGCAAAAUCACAAAUAACGCCACAGAUAUAGCCAAAACUACAAAAUCUGUUAUCCUCAAAGUCGCAAAUAAAACCACAGAUAUAGCCGAAACUACAAAAUUUAUCGUUGAGAAGAAGCCUUAUCCUAUUCAAUUGAAUUUCUUCGCGAAAGCGCAAGACGACGAAGGUGGACCACGCAAACCCUCUAAAGAAUUAACAAUUUCCUUGCCCCGCUUCAAAACCGACAGUAAGGGAAAAUGGGUGUAUAACCCCUGGGCUGUCACCUACGCAGAUGUGUGGAAGUUUACUUAUAACUUCAUUUACACUGGUUAUAAUUUUGCAACCCAAAGGAAUUAUAAAACUAAAUUUCCUUUCGAUGAAGUGUGCUAUCGAAGGUCGACAGUGUAUAACAUUCCACCAGUAACGGCGUGGAUUGGUAGAAGGCUUCGACAUGCUUGGGGAAAUGUUAGUUAUGACGCGAGACUACUUCAUUUAGAUCUCAGACUGGAAAUAUUCCUUCAAGGAAAAUCGGAGGCCUGCCACACAAAUCAGUACGUGGAAUUUCGGCCAUAUCUCGAAUGUGCCAUUUUGCGAAAUAUGAGGAUGGAGUAUUUAAUGCCACAUUAUCCACUGAUUCAGAUCGGAAUAGAUUACGCUAAAUGGCAAGAUUGGGGUGUUCCAACUGGAUAAUUGGAAAAUGAUAAGUUUUAAUUCAUUUCAAGCUCUCUAAUAAAAAUUAAAAUCUCUUAACUUAAGAGAUAUUUGAAAAUACAUCAUCUAAGAGAGGUAUUGAAUCACUUGUUAACUCACUCACUCUCAAAACACAUAAUAUCCAUUCAUGAAAAAAAUUGUGUUUAUAAUUGUCGUAAGUUUAUUUGAAUUAAAAAAGGAUAACAAUAUGA